AAUUGUGAGGAGAGAUUUUCUCCGCUUCUGUUGUGCUUGCUAUUGCUGAGUUGACGCAGGAACCUCUCCAGAAUUUUUUACAAUAAAAAACUAAAUUUGUUCAAGUUGUGGAGUGGAAAUCGGUGCGGUGUGCGAGUCGGGGGAGGUAAUAUGGCGUGUUGCAGCACCCGGAUUUCACCAGGAUUGCACACUUGUGCAGGAGGCGCCUGCGUUCAACGGAGCGGGAGAGCGGAGGCGUGUCUUGGAGUUUCUGUAGCUGAGGAGAAGGGACUCAGCGCAUUGAGAGUGAGUAGUGAAAAGAUUGAGGAGAGAAGGAAAGGCUUUCUCAAGGGGGAGUAUCAUCGGAAGUUUGUUAUGCACGCUGUUGUUAUGGAAGUGCCGGUGGUUAGGGAGACGAGAAUGGGCUUGAAUUUGAAUGGGACGAAGGUUUACACUGGCGCUGGUGGUGCAAUACUUGAAGAUGUGCCACACUUGACUGAUUGGCUGUCUGGAUUACCGACCUACCCGAAUCCAUUGAAAUACAACCCUGCAUAUUCAGCUGCGAGGCAGUAUUUCGUCGAGGAAACUGACACUGUUGCCAAAGACGUCGUUGUGAAUAUCAACGACGUCGGACAUGGUAUCCACUUCAGACGUGCUGGUCCACGAGACCAGAUAUACUUCAAACCAGAGGAAGUUAGAGCAUGUAUUGUUACUUGCGGGGGGCUGUGUCCCGGUAUUAACACUGUAAUUCGUGAGAUUGUGUGUGGUCUAUGGACGCAAUACGGAGUGCGUGAGAUUUUGGGCAUUGAUGGGGGUUACAGGGGAUUCUAUUCAAAGAACACUAUUGAUUUGACUCCCAAGACAGUUAAUGAUAUCCAUAAACGUGGAGGCACUGUACUGCAGACCUCUCGUGGUGGUCAUGACUUGGGAAAAAUUGUGGACUCUAUUCAGGACCGUGAUAUUAACCAGGUUUAUAUUAUCGGUGGUGACGGGACCCAGAAAGGAGCUAAUGCCAUAUAUGAGGAAUGCAAAAGAAGGGGUCUGAAGGUGGCUGUUGCAGGCAUUCCCAAAACUAUUGACAAUGACAUCGAUGUCAUAGAUAAGUCAUUCGGAUUUGAUACAGCAGUGGAAGAAGCUCAGCGUGCAAUCAAUGCAGCUCAUGUGGAAGCUGAGAGUGUUCAGAAUGGUCUUGGCUUAGUCAAGCUGAUGGGACGCUAUAGUGGUUAUAUUGCAAUGCAUGCAACUUUAGCAAGUCGUGACGUGGACUGCUGCUUGAUACCUGAAGUACCAUUCUAUUUGCAUGGAUCGGGUGGGUUAAUUGAAUUUGUGCGUAAAAGACUUCGAGAAAGUGGCCACAUGGUUAUCGUUGUAGCAGAAGGCGCUGGGCAAGAAUUGAUGGCUGAGUCCACAGUGAACAAUAACGACCUCAAAGACGCCUCUGGAAACAAGUUGCUCCUUGAUGUUGGUCUUUGGCUUUGCACCAUCUUGAAGGAUCAUUUCCAGGCAGAGUUUAGGGAAACGCUUAACCUGAAGUACAUAGAUCCUAAGUACAUGAUUCGAGCGAUACCGAGCAAUGCUUCUGACAAUGUCUAUUGCACCUUGCUCGCUCAUGGUGCGAUUCAUGGAGCCAUGGCUGGUUACAGCGGUUUUACUGUGGGACCUAUCAACAACAGACAUUGCUAUAUUCCCAUAAAAAGAGUGGUAGCAAAAUCUCGAAAUGUGAACGUUGCUGAUCGAAUGUGGGCACGACUGAUGUCAUCAACAAACCAGCCUAACUUUUCGCGAUAUGAAGAAGUUGUUCAGCGGCAGCGGAAGCUGAAUGCACAGAAGCAAGAAGAGGUGGAAAAUGAAAAGUCAACGCUAUCUUCAAACGGCGCCUCCAAACCAGGAAAUGAACGUGCUACUGAGGACGAAUCGGUGUUAAUUCAUUCAGGGGACAGGCAAGAAUUUCCAGUUUCUGCUGGUGGAUUGCAGCCUUCACCGAUAUCAUCACCUGUAGCUGGGGAACCCACACCUAGUGUAGACCAUGCUGCUCCGUGACUUGCCGUUUGUAUCUUCAAGAUGUUUGAGUCCCUGAGAACCAUGAUCGGACGCUCGGACGUUUUAUGCCAUGACGCUUACUUUUAACCGUUUGUACAUAAUUAUGAUUCGCCAUUUGCUUCUGCAGA